AUGUCGCGCAUCGUAAGAAGAGAGUGGGAAGUGGACCGGGAAGAUAGCCGCACUGUGUACGAAGACCAGGCGCCUCGACGAGUCCGUACUACAGUGAAGCGAUAUCAGGUCCCGGAUAGCAACAACUCGCGACCACUCUACCAAGAGGAAGAUGUGACAGACAAGCAAAUCACUAUCCGCCGGGAGCGCCGAGAGCCUUCACCUCCAAGAGAAGAGAUUCGCUAUAAGGUAGUGGAACGAUGGAGUCAGCCAAGAGAGGAUGUGGACAUCCGCAUCAGAGAACGAGCAACGGAGAGAGACGCUGCGCCUGCUCCACGACGCGAUAUAGCUUAUCGCGUAGUCCAGCGGGACGACUUUGACAGGUCUUCUCACUCUGGUCGCAGCGAUUUCCGUGAAGUGAGGAGCGUACGUGCCCCUUCGCCGCCAGAACGCGAGCGUGUGCAAGAGUUCCGCUUUGAGCGCGAGCGGUCUUUCUCAAGAUCGCCACCUCGGCGACGGGAGCAAGCGUAUGAUGUUGAAAAGUACACGAAGAAUACCGAGUACUACUCACAGCCACAGCCCAUUAUCAUCAGGACGGAGGCACCACAGCCGAUUGUGAUCAGAGAGGAGCGGAGAGAGCCGCCAAUCGUGAUCGAGCGCGAGAGGGCGCCUCAACGCGAGUCUCAGUUCGAGUUCAUUGAGCGCAGCGAGAUCAGGGAAGAUAGAGACGAAAGCAAGUCACUUGUCUCUACCAAAAAGGACGAUUUUAGGGAGGAGACCAAAUCUGUAGCGCGGUCUGUGGCACCGACUGCGCCAAUAGUGCAGACGCCACAAGAAGAGGAUGACCAUUACUUCUAUGAACGCCGAGUCAUUGAGCGGGAUCGUGCGCCGAGACAGCGGGACGAGAGUCACGACGAUCGAAGAAGCGAGAUCCGACCACGCGAUAGCGCUUCUCAAUACAGUGACGACAGCUACGAGUAUGUCCGUCGCGAAACGAGGUACGAAGAUAGCCGAAGCCGAAGCAGGGAGAGGUCGAAGUCGCCUCAUCAUAGGCGCCAUCUCGCAGAAGGCGCUAUUGCUGGAAUUGGCGCGGCCGAAAUCUUUCGGCAUCAUAAAAGGUCGCAGGGAGAGGAUGUCGGUGGCCGUGGCAAGUCUGCCUUGGCUGGUGCAGCUGUUGGUGCAUUAGGCGCCGAGGCAGUGAGUCGUGUGCGCAGCUAUUCAAGACGCCGCAAGUCACGAAGCAGGUCUCGCAGCGAAUCCUACGACCGAGACGACCGCAGAGACGACAGGCGAUCUCGAGGAAAGCGACGCUCGCGCUCGAGAGAGAAGUCGCUUUCCCGUGCCCAGCAGAUCGGUGGUGUUGCUGCGGUGGCGGCGAUUGGUGCCCUUGCUGGGUAUGCGCUGAAGAAGAAGGGGCAGAACAAGGAGACGAUCGUCGUCAAGGAAGAUCAUCCUCGACGUAGUCGCUCGCGAAGACGCAGGGCUAGUGCUGACAGCUAUAUGUCUGAUGACCGCACGAUCUUGUCCGACGGUGGCGGGAGAGCGCUGGAUCCGGAGCACCGUAACCGGCGUAUAGCACAGGCUGGUCUCGCUUCUGCUGCGGCCGCCGGUCUAUGGGAGAGAGUUCGAUCGAAGAGUCGUGGCGGUAAAGAUCGAAGCAAGAGCAGGGUCCGCCAGUCCAUUCCCAUCGUCGCCACAGGUCUUGGUGGUGCGGCGCUUGCAGGAUUGUACGAGAAGAACAAGGCUAGCAAGGAGGCCAAGAAGGCAGCAAUUAUCGAUGAAGAGAUCGGAGGCAGAGGCAGAAGGGCACGCAGCCGUUCCAGGAGUAGGUCUGUUCCUGCACCUCAUUAUGCUGAUGACAAGCAUGUUGACGAUCGUCGUGGCAUGAUAGCUUAUGGCGAUGAGCCCAUCUAUCCCGACGAGCGCCGUGGCUACUACAGCGACGAAGAGCCAGCCUCCUACAAUCGUCGCCACCGCGGCGGCAGCGAUAGCGGCAGCAGUCCAGAUACGAGACGUCGAAGCAGAUCUCGUGGACGCCACCUCGCUGAAGGCGGUGCUGCUGCCGGUGCGGGCGCAUUCGCUGCUCACCAGAUUGGCAAAAGCAGGGAGCGCUCCAGAUCCCACGCUGAAGCUGAUCGUAGACGCCACGAAGAUGAACGGUAUGAUCACGGACGUGACGGGGAUUCUAUGUAUAGCGCAGAUCCUCAUCCUGGUGGCUAUCUUCCACAGGAGCAGUCUGCAUAUCAGCCUCAAGCAUACCCUGGUGGCACAUACUUCCCACCACCUCCGACCGGCGCCGAGGCUCCAGUAGCCGCGGAGCACGGUGGAUAUCCAGCUUACAAUCCUGCCGAGUACGCACAGGGUCAACAUCAGCAGCCAUACCAAAAUUACGGCUAUGGUGAGAGCAGCGCCACGCUCGGUGCACCGUAUCCCAACGAUACUUUCGCAGGUGACGCACGCUACGCUCCUCCGACACCCGACAUGCACAAUCCACACGAUGAGCGGAACAGAGGCAGGACCGCAGGAGAGAAUGUGAGUGCGCCCAUCACCACCGCCACCGAGCACGAUCCUCGAGAUGCGGAUGGUGUAAACACACCGCGGCCGCCUCGAUCGCGUAGCCAGAGUCGCGUGAGAUUCAACCUCGAUGCGAACGAAUUGCAUUCUCCCGAAACGACACGAAGGAGCGACGAGAGGACUACGACUACGGACAGUGAGACGAAGGGCGAGAGACGGCAUCGUCGUCGUCAGAGACCAGAGGGAGGUGGCGAGCGUGAUGGCGAUGAGGGAAGACGUGGUCCCUCGAACCUGAUGCACGACCAGUACGAUCGUCUUCCAGAAAGCGACUCGGAGAGCACGAUCGACCUACCAAAGCGGUUUGACGAGCAAGGGAACCGUAAGUCCAAUGGAGAUCCGUUUGCCGAUGGUCUCAACAAAUUCUUGGGCAAUGCUGGCCUGGGAGAACUCCUUGGACGGUUGACGGGUGGUGGACAGGAUACGGAUGAGGGGAGGAGUGGGAGACGCAGGCAUAGGCAUUGA